GUGAAAUCUAGGAAUUGCUUUUUGCAGUAAAUGCCUUUGAUGCAUAUAAUUUGACACAUUGUACACGGGAUACCUCUUUUCUUGUGACCAGAGCAAACCACUCCCAAAGCUUGAGGUUUUCUUGGCACUGUCUGAGUCAUAAUAAUACGUUAAAAAGCAUUCCCAUCAGCUAAGACUUUCAAUGUCUCCUUGGACUGGCCAUUUCCAGAAGCGUCUGUGGUCUGCAGAGAGGAGAUGCAGGUUUUGCUCUGUCUGGUUUGUGCUUUUGACCUUUUUGGUCAGCAUUAUUCACUACCUUUACCGCUCGGAGAUGAUGGAAUGGUGCAUCCGACGAAACCUGCUCAGAAUGACCUGUCCUUGGCAACAAAAUACUUGCAGCAAUUCUAUAGUUUUCAAGCAGAUUCUGCAGGCCGCAAAAGAAGAAGUCGUCCCUCUUUCUCUUCUAAACUGAAGAAUAUGCAGGGUUUUUUUGGUUUGAACGGGACAGGAACCCUGAACGCAGACACUCUCGCUGUCAUGAGGACUCCUCGAUGUGGCGUCUCAGAUGUGGAGGAUUAUAGUCACCGGCGUGGAAACAGGUGGAAGAAAAACAUCAUCACUUAUGGUGUUGGCCGGUACACCAAUGACUUACCAGUGAAUGCAGUGGAUGAUCUGAUCUCUUCGGCUCUGGAUGUCUGGGCCAAAGCCAGUCCUCUCACAUUCUUGAGGUCGUAUUCCCAUCAGGCGGACAUCAUGGUGGAGUUUGUUGGAAAAGAACAUGGAGACUUUUUCCCGUUUGAUGGUCCUGACGGCACACUGGCCCAUGCUUUCGGCCCAGGGGAAGGUAUUGGUGGAGACGUUCAUUUUGAUGAAGCUGAAGUAUGGACGGCUGGCUACAAUGGAUUUAACCUGUAUGUUGUCGCAGCCCAUGAGUUUGGUCAUGCACUUGGUUUGAAACACUCGCAAUUGCCGGAAUCGGUUAUGUAUCCCACAUACAAACGUAGAAAAACACACAAUCUGCUCUCCAGUGAAGACAUCAUAAACAUCAACACGCUCUACGGGCCAAGAGACAAAAGGCCCUAUCCUUCUUCAAGAUUCAGCUGGAGCAAUCCCAGCACCCCCUGGUACAGUGGUUCAUAUUUCCCUGUGUCGUUCAAAGACACAUGUAAUCCCCAUCUGAAGUUUGAUGCUGUAACUACUGUAGGAGAUGCCAUUUUCUUCUUCAGGGACAACUACAUGUGGAUCAAACACAAUGAUCAAAAGGAUAUAAAAGAAGGCCCCAUCAGCAACUUCAUGCCAAAAAUUGAUUGCCAUAUUGAUGCUGCUUAUUGGGUCCCACAGCGGUCAACUGCAUAUUUGUUUAACGGGACCACUUUCUGGACUGUGAAAGGAUCACAAGUAAAAGGCAGAGCAAAAAACAUCAGCAGUCUAGGCUUUCCAUCGUGGGUUCAGCAGGUCGAUGCUGCCGUCCACAUUCACAAAACUGUACACACCCUGUUCUUCACACAACACCAGUACUGGAGGUAUAAUGAACACAAUAAGAAUAUGACUGACUCAAUCCCACGUAACAUUUCUGAUGAUUUCCCAGAAAUAAGUGGACCCAUAAGUGCAGCAAUUUAUAAAGACGGCUAUCUUCAUUUUUUUAUUGGCUCAGAUGUGUACAAAUAUGACAUAAAACAAAAGGAAAUCAUUGGAACUGAUAAAACAACUUCCUGGCUUGGAUGUUAAUAGUCAUUCAUUAGAUUAUGGUUUUGUUUAAACCUGGUAUUAUAUUGUGUUUUGGUAAACUAAAUCUCAAGUAGAUGAGGACAC